AUGGAUUCACCUGCUCGCAAUGGAGAGCCGCGUUAUGUUCAUGACCGUCGCACUCGCUUUGUUUCCAUGAUUCUCUUCCUUGGUUUCUUAAUCUACAUGUUUACCAAUCACAAUGGCGAUGUUUUCCUCGCUCGACAUCAGUACCAGGAAGCUCUCCAAUCACUCAAUUAUCAGCUAUCGAACUACACAUUAUGGCUGAAUGGAACAGCUUCAAAUUUUACCUUACCAGAAACAGAUCCAUCGUUACCACCCCUGAUGGAGACAUUUCAUGUCAAGGGGAGUCUGUUGGACCCACGCAUAGAAUCCUAUUAUCGCAAUAUAACCGGAUUUGUGCAUGGAGAUGCACAAUUUACCAACAUUUCUCUUCCAUCUCUUGCGCUAAACGAAACAUUACCCUGGAGACAUCUUGCUCAGGACGUUAUGACUGGAGCCAAUACUACAAACAUGACAGAGAAACUUGGGAGCUGGGGCUGGAAUACAACAACCAAAGUUGCACUUAGUGUGGUGGAAAAGAAGCCUGCCGAAUCCGCGGUCACUAAAGAACUGACGAGUUCUAUUGCUCUUGUACAUGGAAGAAUUGAAUUGACGGAUCCAUCUGAGGAGGAUAAUUUGCGGCUCGAGUUUGAAGGAGUUCAUUUCGUAUCGAAUGGGUCAAUAUAUGGGUUCGCUGAACCUCCUGGACGACACAUAGACAUACGACUGCUACCUUCUCUUGUCCCUGAAGGUUUCAUAAAUCAAACUGCACAAGUCAUUGAACCAGAACUGCAAGCCAGAAUUGACAAGCUUAAAAAGCUCAUCGACGACGGUGUACUGGAUACGGAUUCUUCAAACGAUGAUGCACCAAGGACUGCGUGUCCGUUUAUUUUCUAUGCCCAAAUCCAACCAACUCAAGUUCCAGAACACCUUAUGCGAGAUCUUGAGGAUGAACUGCAAAACCCGACUGGAAUUACGACUGUAUCUGCUCCAAAAUUAUGGUUAAAAGGGUUGUUGUUGAGUAAAGAAUGUGGAGUUUUGUAUGAAAUUACGAAUACCGAAGGACUCAGGUCUCGGACUUUCUUCCGUAAAGUCACAACUUAUGCAGGAACGACAGCUAUUGCAUAUUUGAUUAUGUUAAUACUGUUCUCUCGUCAAGCUGACCAAAGUAGCACACCGUCUGGAAUAUCUCGCGUAUCAUGUUAUGCGUUUGAAAUUCAACCCCUCAUGGACUUGAUUUCAUUCGCUGGCCAUAUUACAUUUGCCAUCUUGUCGGAGGGUCGAUCGUCCUUUUCUCUUAUUGCCCCUGCAUUCCUUGCUUUAGUUGUAAGCAUUUACGAAGCCCAAUUCGCAAUACUCGUUCAUUCGAUACAACGUCCUGAAGAUUAUGUUCGACCGCCAUUUAUUCCAGCUGCCGUUGCUGCAUUUUUCAGUCCAGCUCCGGCUGGACAGACACAAAACAAUCGGCCCGCUUCCUUUCUGGCCUUCUUUGUUAAUCAUGUGAGAACAGAUACACAAACUAAAAUAUGGCUUAUGUCGUUUAUAUGUUGGGCGGUCAUCGUCAGAGUCAUCCUAUCUCCUACACUUUCAAAAAUAUUCCUUGUAUUGACAUAUUCGACUAUAUGGAUGGCUCAGAUUUGGAGAUCUGCCAGUCGUGGGCGUAGUAGCGGGCUUUCUAAAGAGUACAUUCUUGGCACCACUGCCUGCCGUCUUUACCUCGCACUCUACUUCCUUGGGUGUCCUAAAAACGUUUUAGAGGUAGAAACGAGAUCUUGGAUAUGGCCCCUUGCUGUGUUUGUCGUCCUUCAAGCUACUGUUGUUAUUUUACAAGACACCUUUGGCCCAACAUUCUUCUUGUCACAAAAAUAUGCGAAUGCGAAAAUCCACGACUACCACCCGUAUAUUCCUCUUCCAGACUCGGAAUCUCCAGAAAAAUCUCUCGGUGAUUGUGCAAUUUGUAUGGAUUCCAUUAUUAUUGCUGCUACUCCGCCCAAGCGUCCCAAAUACCUAGACGGGAGACACAGUGAAUCGGACUCGACGGAAGAAUCCGCGUCAGGGAGUGUAUUUAGCUUUAUUCGAAGGGGUGUCGGGGCAAACAAAGCUAGGAAAAAUUAUAGUCUCGCACCCUGCUCACAUCUAUUUCACACUGAAUGUUUGGAGAGAUGGCUCGCUAUCAAGAAUAUAUGCCCACAGUGCCGUCGGCCUUUACCACCAUUGUGA